GAACAAAUCAAUGUCUAGAUGAGAGAUAUCUAUAGAUACUUUUGACGCAAUGUUGCAUGUUGGUAAUCGGAUUCGCUUCCCUGGUUCAUCGACUCAGUGAUUGACUCUGCUCUAUUGCCGACGCAGAUCUUGUGCGAGUAAUGAAUGAAUGAAUGUAAGUGUAUUGUCCAUCGAAAAACAGAAGUUAAAACAUAUAUCCUUACUGCUAUUUUACAAAUAAUCAAUGGCUCGGCGUCCUCCCGGAAUGGGAGCUGGAGAAGAUGAGUAUGAUUGGCUCUACAAGGUCGUGCUCGUUGGAGAUGCUACUGUCGGAAAGACACACUUGCUCUCACGUUAAGGAUUCUGCUAAGCCAUCUUGAGAGACAUCCUGAACAAAGGGGUUUCCAAGGGGAAACAAAGGCACACUCCGGAUGCAUCUCAAGAUGGAUUUGGGUGCGCUCUAAUUCGAGUAUAUCAAAGGCACACUUCCGAAGGCACCAACAGCAACAAUAGGCGUAGAGUUCGCGACGAGAACAGUCCCACUCGCGGUUGGCGGAACAGUAAAAGCGCAGAUAUGGGUACCUGAUGAUUUACUAGAGCAUCACUGCCGCGACCCUUGGUCUGGGAGACGUCACAUCAAACUAAAAAAUGUACUAAAUGAUCUUCAACAUGAAGAUCCUCCUAGCACUCAACAUUCGACGUGAAGAUUUCUCCACAUCUCUCUCUCCAACAGGACACCGCCGGGCAGGAGCGAUAUCGUGCAAUAACGAGUGCGCAUUAUAGGAGGGCAGUGGGAGCCCUUUUAGUCUAUGAUGUUACGAAACAAGCCAGUUUCCAGAAUUGUACGAGAUGGAUGGAGGAACUGAGGUCGAAUGCGGAGCCAGACAUUGUUAUAAUGCUAGUAGGAAACAAAGUCGACCUAGUGGAGAAGGAUCCGAGCUGUAGACAGGUAUUGAUGAGAUUAUAUCUUUGUGGAGUGAGAAGAAAAAGGAGAAAAAUGAGGAGAGUAAGACAAGUCAACGCGAGUCUCGAUUAAGUGCUACGUGUCUUCCUCCUCGUCUGUAAGCCUCUCAUUUCCGAAUAGCCCGCGAAUUGUGUUCCAACCAGGUAUUCUUCGAUUCAGCAUCAGAGUGGGCAAGGCAGCACGACUUGCUUUUUGCAGAAGCGAGUAGUGUCUCGAGCUACAAUGUGAAGCAUAUAUUCGAGCAUUUACUGCAGGAGAUAUACAAUUAUGAUGCAAGAUGUAUUCAUCUUGGGCGUUUUACUCGUCUCUAAGGAGUGUCGUGAUAAAGAUUCCGAUGCUAAGCAUAGAAGACUAGGACUGGACGCUUGUUUUGCUUUAGUUUGGGAUGAGAAUAUGGAAUCAGAUCUACAUCUUCUAAUUCCUCCGACAAUCACGGCGGAACAAUUUGUCGGAUUUCGAUAGCAAAAGUCCGGGGAUAAGUCUCGGCGUUAGCGGCCCACCACAAGGCACGAAUUUGCCACCCUGCUGUAAUCAGGGAUAAAUGGUGAGGAUAGUUGUAGACCGUCAGGCGCUAUUAACCUUGGGGGGUGAAGGCGGUUGGAAUGUUGAAAGAGAAUGAUCAGAUGGGAGCAAAGGCUCCAUCAUUGCUGCAUCAAUCGUUGAAUCCAUCCACAUUGUAAUUGCCUUUAUUUGGGGGAGGGUUCCUGCAAAACUACAAAGAUAGUCAAAACCGACAGGACCUCAAACUUUUGUUUUUGGUUACUACUGAUUUCUCAUCGAUUCCUUUUGUGUACUUACUAGCCGUACAUUUCCAGCGGUAUUGAAGGUCAGAUGCGGUUACUAUGAAGCAAGAUGCCGUGUCUACUUAGGAGACUCAGCUGCGCCUGCGG